UCGUCUGUCCACUGCGGCAAUAGGGACGCCAUUUUGUUUAUUUUCGCGUGAAGUGCCGAGGUUCUAGUACGGAGUUGACGAACCCGACGACACAACUGCAGAACUCAGGCGACUUACGGUAGAGAGGAAAGUAGAGAAUAUAAGAUAAAUGCGAUAAGUGUUGGAAGAAUCGAACAGGUAUUGUCUAGAAACGUAGAGAAUCGUCGAUAAAGUCCGAUUGUUUAUUCGUCGGCGUUAUAAAAAGCGGUCUUGAUUUUAUUCGUGCGCGAAUCGUGGUGAGAUAUAUGUUCGGAAAGUCCCUCCUCGAAGCGGGGGCACGCGACAGCCGCAGAAAUUGGGCGCAUCGCAAGCAAGCACCAAUCGUCCAGCGGUAAAUUGACGGUGUCCGGCCGUAGCAGCGCCGCGAGCAGCGAUUUCCCCGUCCUAGGGUUGCAGAAAGAUACCGUGGGGCACCCCAGGGAUCACUACACGGUCCUAGGGGUCCGUAAGGUCUAUAACAAGGUAGUUAAGAGCCGGAGGCAACCGCGGAACGACAACGAGAAUUACGGCGGCGGAGGCGGAGAAGAGGAAGAAGAAGAGGAAGACGACGACAACGACGACAACGACGACGACGACGACGAGAACGCAGAUUCUGGUAAAAGGGGUAAAACAUAUCGAGGGGUAUACGAGGAGUCGGGCAAGCGGUCACCGCGACAGCCGACGGCUGUUAUUAAUCACCCUGAAGAAGACACCUCGUCGCCGCUAGUCGCGCGCGAGGUCACCGGUGCCGACAACACGACCGUCAACAUCGGCCUCGCUAUGAACCACGUCAACGACAAGGAGAACGUCAAUCAGUUGAACCCCAACCCUGUGCAGGUCAACGAAGUCGAAGAAAUGGACACCCAGGAAGUUGAAUCUAUAGAGACGCAGAACGACGGUGGAGGAGACGGAAACGAGACUCAUCCAGUCAACGGAGAGCCAGAACCUGCCUGUAUCGUACAAGACCAAGACAUGGAGGAAGACGAGGCAAGGUCAGAGGCAACUUUCCGCUACACAGUGGAAAAUUUUUCAAAGAUGAAAGACUCCCAGCUAUCGCCACCUUGCUACGUGCGUAAUCUCCCAUGGAAGAUUAUGGUAAUGCCUCGUAACAGCCAGACGCAAGAACGCCAAUCGCAGCGGUCUCUGGGCUUCUUCUUGCAAUGCAACGGAGAAAGCGAAUCGGCUUCAUGGAGCUGCUACGCAGUCGCAGAGCUCAGGCUCCUCUCCCACAAGGAGGGUCAAGAACCUUUCAGUAGAAAAAUUCAACACUUAUUCUACAGUAAGGAAAAUGACUGGGGAUUUAGCCAUUUCAUGACUUGGCAGGAUGUACUUGAGGUGGACAAAGGCUAUAUUAAGGAUGACUCCAUCACGCUUGAAGUCCAUGUGGUAGCAGAUGCGCCGCAUGGUGUUAGCUGGGAUAGUAAGAAACACACGGGAUAUGUCGGUCUUAAAAAUCAGGGAGCAACUUGUUACAUGAACUCACUCUUACAAACCUUGUAUUUUACUAAUCAGUUACGUAAGGCGGUGUAUAAAAUGCCAACAGAGAGUGACGAUUCUAGCAAGAGUGUGGCAUUAGCUUUACAGAGGGUAUUUCACGAACUGCAAUUUUGUGAUAAACCAGUUGGUACAAAAAAAUUAACCAAAAGUUUUGGAUGGGAGACACUUGACUCUUUUAUGCAACACGAUGUGCAAGAAUUUCUCAGAGUUCUUUUGGAUAAACUGGAAAGUAAAAUGAAAGGGACAUGCGUCGAAGGGACAGUACCAAAAUUGUUUGAAGGAAAAAUGGCUUCGUUCAUCAAAUGUAAGAAUAUAGACUACACAUCAACCAGAGUGGAAACGUUCUAUGACAUCCAACUCAACAUCAAAGGAAAAAAGAAUAUCGAUGAAUCUUUCAGAGAUUAUGUAAGCACAGAAAUUCUAGAUGGUGACAACAAGUACGAUGCUGGUGAGCAUGGGUUACAGGAUGCUGAAAAAGGAGUAAUAUUUUCGUCUUUUCCACCUGUUUUACACUUACAUUUAAUGCGCUUCCAAUACGACCCAGUAACAGACUGCUCUGUGAAAUUUAAUGACAGGUUCGAAUUCUACGAAAAAAUCAACCUUGAGCCGUACCUUCAGGUCCAAGAAUCAACAAGAGCAGAUUACACACUGCACGCAGUUCUUGUCCAUAGCGGUGAUAAUCACGGGGGACAUUAUGUUGUAUUUAUCAAUCCAAAAGGAGACGGCAAGUGGUGCAAGUUUGACGACGAUGUGGUUUCAAGGUGUACAAAGCAGGAGGCGAUUGACCAUAACUAUGGAGGCCAGGACGAAGACAUGUCCAUGACCGUGAAGCAUUGUACAAACGCGUACAUGUUGGUUUACAUUCGUGACUCAGAGCUUAAGAAUGUCUUACAAGAGGUCAAAGAAGAGGACAUACCUCAAGAGCUGGUGGACAGGCUGCAAGAGGAGAAGAGAAUGGAACAAAUACGAAGAAAGGAAAGAAGCGAGGCUUACUUGUACAUGACUGUUAACGUCCUUCUCGAGGACAGCUUCGACGGCCAUCAAGGCAACGACCUCUACGAUCCUGAACGUGCACUCUACCGUGUUUUUCGUGUACGCAAACAGACCACCCUUAACGAGUUCCUAGAACAGCUCAGCGAAAGUCUGAAAUAUCCGAUCGAACAAAUUCGUGUGUGGCCCUUCAGUCUUCGCUCAAAUCAAACUUGCAGGCCGACACUUAUCGAGUUGGAAGCAGAUUUACACAAACCGAUAAACGAGUGCGCGGAAAAUGUGAAUCCUUGGAAUGUUUUUGUCGAACUUGUCCCACCAGACUCUGGCUUAACCGCGCUACCCCCUUUUGACAAAGACACAGAUGUACUAUUAUUCUUCAAACUAUACGAUCCUAAGAAUAAGAAAAUACACUACUGUGGUCAUCACUAUAUGCCAGUGACAGCAAAAGUUCAGGAACUCAUUCCGAUCCUCAAUGAAAGGGCUGGCUUUCCUCCGGAUACAGAGCUCGCAUUAUACGAAGAGAUCAAGCCCAACAUGGUAGAAAAAAUUGAAAAUCUGACAGAGCCGUUGGAAAAGGUACUUGAAGAAUUGAUGGAUGGAGAUAUAAUUGUCUUUCAAAAAGAGGAACGUGACACAGAAGUUUAUGAGUUGCCCACAUGUCGGGAUUACUUCAAGGACCUGUUUUAUAGGGUAGAAGUAACGUUCUGCGAUAAAACAAUAAUUAAUGAUCCUGGCUUUACAAUGGAACUAUCGCAAAGAAUGACAUAUGAUCAAAUUGCAAAGGCUGUUGCGCAGAGAGUAGGAACUGACCCGUAUCUCCUCCAAUUUUUCAAAUGUCAAAAUUACAAAGAUUCACCUGGGCAUCCAUUGAGGUGUACAUUUGAAGGAACUCUAAAAGAAUUAGUUGCUUACUGCAAGCCAAAAACAAAAAAAAUUUUUUACCAACAAUUAAGUAUUCGAAUUAAUGAGCUCGAAAAUAAAAAACAAUUCAAAUGCAUUUGGGUGGGACCUUCGCUCAAGGAAGAAAAAGAACUGAUUCUAUAUCCGAACAAAAAUGGCACGGUUGUUGAUUUGUUGGAGGAAGCUAGAAAGCAGGUCGAAUUGUCUGAAAACGGUUCUGGAAGAUUGAGGAUAUUGGAAGUAAACUGUAAUAAAAUUUUGCCCGGACCGAAAGAUGAUGUUCCUUUAGACAGCUUAAAUACUACUGGCACUAAAACGUAUAGGAUAGAGGAAAUACCACGAGACGAAUUAAAUUUGGCUGAGGAUGAGAUGCUAGUUCCUGUCGCACACUUUCAUAAGGAUAUCUUUUCCACGUUUGGAAUACCUUUCCUGUUCAAAAUGAAACAUGGUGAACCUUUCGCCAAAUUCAAAGAUCGAUUAUUGAAGAAACUUGGUGUGCAAGAGAAGGAAUUUGAAAAGUUUAAGUUUGCCGUGGUUACGUUGGGCAAGCCGCAAUUUAUCACUGAAGAUCCAAGCUAUUUCAUCAAUUUGUCCGACUUCCGAACUCACCCAAAUCAAAGUACAGCGUUGCAAAGGACUUGGCUCGGCUUAGAACACGUUAACAAGGCGCCAAAACGUUCCCGAAUCAACUACCUUGAGAAAGCUAUAAAGAUCUACAACUAGAAUCUAAUCACCGAGGAUGAAAUUGAGCAGCCACACACGUAAAUACAUUAUUAUAUAGCUCUUUGUACAGUAAGAGUGAUAUAUUUGCCGCACGAUGCCAAGAUUGGAGGACGCGUAACUAUUCAGUUGUUCAGCUAGAUAACAAGCAUAUUUUAAAUAAUAUUCUAUUAAUGAUAUUAAGUGAUAUAAUUCUGAGCUUCGUGUAUACGAAGAGAGCGAUUGUGUCGAACGUGCGACGUGAUGCAAAGUGGGGAAAAGGUUGCAAAGCCUUUCUUUUUUCGAAAUAAUAAAAGUUUUAUGCAACUAUAGUGCUUCAAGUUUCUUUUAGUUCCUACGUACAACAUUUAAUGUAUAACACUUCUUAAUGCUCUAAUUUUACUCUACAUCUAGCGCUUAGCUUUGAUAUUGUCUUGGAAUAUUACUUAGUUAAGAUGAAGACAAAAAGAGAACAAAUCAAUUUUAUGCAUACUCGAUACAUGUUUCGGCUCGUUCUGUUACUCUGAUCUUCUAAUAAUAAUGCUUUCAAAUAUUUCUUCCAUCGAGACUGACCGAUAUAACUUUUUCAUGUAUGUUGGAUACAGCGAUUGAAUACCAAACUUUACUUAAAAUCUCUAAAUUUUUUUGUCACACUGACGGUUUCUUCGAAUAUUUGUUGUGCAAGGAACUAAGAAUCACGAAAGGUUGCUUAAAAUAUGAUUCAUCUACCUAACUAUUAACGAGACUCAAUCUUCGAGCAUAUUAUAAUGCUAAUGUAAUAUUUGUACUAUGAACUCUCAUGCUCGUCCACCAUUGCUAGGAAGUGGAGUUUCCCGUGUAAGUAUAUAUAUGUAUAUAUACAUGCAUAUAUAUAUAUAUCAGAGUUCUAAAUUUUUUUUGCAUUCAGAUUGUUUGGAAAGUGGACGCUGAUUCAAAUUGUGAAUGAUUUCUGGUGCAAUUUAUUGCUAAAUAGAAUUUUGGUAUAGACGACACCUGACACAACAGACAAAUUAUCUGAUCAGAUAACAUCAAUAUUCGGUGAUAUUAAGUGCGAGAGAAGUCUAAGAAAUAAUAACAUCAUUGAUAAUAAUUGUCUAGUAUAAAGUAUAUUAAAGGUAAUAAUGGUGUCAUUCAGCUGUGAAUUAUUAACCAGUAAUUAAACAGCAAUUUUUUUUAUGACACAUUUGGUGCAACGCAAGAGUCAUGAGAACUUUUUAUUAUCGUUUAAAAUAAUGUAUAUGUAUAUCGGUAUUAAAUAGUAAGUAAAAUUAUCUUCAUAAAAGUAACAGUAAUAGUACCCAACAAUUUAUUAUCUCCGCAAUUGAUUCACAAAAAUUGGAUUUUUGCAAACGUUUCUCCUACAAUGAAUUGUUUUCUUCAUCUACUUUGUUCGAAAGGCGAAGAUUUAUGAAGUGUUAGACGUAAAAUUCCUUUUUAUUGUUUAUCAAUGAAAUAAAAAAUGCAAUUAAAAAAACAAUAAAUAAAUGGAACAUAACUGAUGUCAAUAAGCAUAACUUAAUUGUACAAACUGUAUGACACCGCCGCAUUUGGAUAAAUUAAGAAAAAAAAAAAAAAUCCCAGAUUAUAACACAUUGCCUGUACUCAUUUCCUAAUUAAUAAACUCAACAAUGUGUAAUCUAAAAGUACAUUUUUUCGUUACGCAAGUGAUGCUGCAGCUGUUACACAACGCGUCACUGACCCAUUGCCAACUCAAUGUAUGAAUUCUAUUACAUCCAUAUAUCAAAGUAUGAGCAUUUGACAAGGCUGUGCUUAAGAAUUUUUUCAAUAUCAAAAUAUCCGUUACAUCAUUUUUUCAAACAGUGUUCAUAUAAAUACAGUCUCGGCAAGUGAUAUCAUCGACUCUUUAAUACAAUUGUUUUAGACAAUACGCAACGGACAUUUUAACUAUAAUGGAUUCUUCUGUUAUACGAGCAUCUUUGUUUGUGCAGUGUGAAAAUAGAAUUUAUCUUCAUUUUUUAUUGAAAAUUUUUAAUCUAUAUAUUCAUUGAUGUUAUUGAUAACUGUGACUUGACAAAAACGUUGGAGCUUACCUUGGUGCUGCAAAUAAAUAAAUUCUCACCAUUUAUUCUUUGAAACAUAACAACUACAUAAUGUACGAUUAUUAUUUACCACUCGCACAGUCUUCUUAUUUUACUGUUUUCAAGUUGAUAAAUUAUCAAAUAAUGGCUGUUGUUUGUUUUGACACCGAGUUUAUCAGUCAUGUAAUGUGUCUAGUCAAGUGUGGUCAAAAAUGAUUGAGAACAAUUUAUAUAUGGUACACACAUCGCCGAAUCACCAAAAGUUAUUCAAGAUUCAAUGAUUUUGACUACAUUCAAUCACCCUGUAUUAUCUAAUUUGUUUCUACCGAUUAUUUUCCUUAGUGAGUGUGUGUGCGUUUAAUAUUUUUUGUUCCAAUAUCUUUAUCAUCAUUAGGGGAAGUAAAUUUUUCGAUUUUUUUCUUUAUAUAUAUAUAUAUGUGUGUGUGUGUACAUAUAUGUCUAAUCUGUCUUAAGGGAAAAUUAAAGUGGAAGAAAUCUAAAAGAAAAAAAAUUACAUUUAAUGUAUAAGAGGUGCUGAGUUUCCAUGAAGCAACUGAAGAUCGAUGCUAUAGAUUGAAGACAGCAACAAAAAGUCAAAAAUAAUUGAAGAAUAUUUCAACAUUUACGAACUCGGUGUUUCCAUGCUUCACCAUUCUCGAUACAUGUUAUAAAAAUGGAGUUACUGGCAAGAUUCCAUUCAAAUUUAUAAUAUGUUUCAAUGAAAGAAAAAAGUUCCAUGAAACUCUGUUAUUAAAAUAAUACAAAUUGGUUUAAUUUUACACAUAAAAUUAUUUUUCAUUUCAAACCUGAAAUCAUAAUUUUUACUUUAUUUCUUGUGGUAUAACAAGAUUAAAAUGUAAAUUCCUCCGCAAUUUUAUACUUUUUAUUUUAUCAACAGUUCAAUGUGUCCGAACAGCCAACAUUAGGUCAAUCGUUAUUGUUUCAUAGUUUUUGGCAAUUCGAUUUUCUCCGCCACCUCUGUAUAUUGAUAUCUAAUUAUCAGUGACCAUUUGAUGUUGUAAAAAAUUGAAUUUACAAAUCUAAUUUCCUUGAGGACAAACAUUGGAAAAUUAGUUAUGUUUGACAAAUGAAUUGAGCUAAGACUGUAAUCACAAGAAAUGUUGCAUUUAGAAAGUUUCAAAAUAAAACUUGUAUUAUAGUAAAGCAUAUAUAAUGUAUUGCUAUGCUAUGUAAGCGUGAUUAAAAUAAGCUUACGAAAGUAGAAUAAGUUGUUGUUGUAGUCUCGUAACUUUUUAAACAGCACUAUCAAGACUGUUUGAUAUCGUACGAUACUGUCGUUUUCAGACUAAUAUUUCAGAUUAUGUCUAAUUGAACAGAUACAUUAUUUAUACUUUUAGUUUUUCUGUUUCUACGUUUUAUUUUGGAACAUUCUGAACUUGACUUGAAAACAAUCUGUAUUUGUAUCGCAAGAACAAAUUUAAAAUGAUCUAUGAGCUCUUACUGAACACAAAUAAAAUUUGUAUAUUUUCUUUGUGAUGCCAAAAUCGUGCAUGUCGUGAAUAAUAAUAAAUUUCUAAAGAGAGUGUUUGAAUCUUGAAUUAAGGGGCUUGUUAUUGUAUUGAUGAAUCUGUUACCAAAAAGAAUGCGUGUUAUUAAAGAUGAAUUAAGACUCCUGACCUUUAACAUUAUAUAACACUUAUCAAGAGUUGAUAUCAACUUUUGCAAGUAAAUACGUGACUAUGUGUUCCCAAACACAUUCAAAAUUACUAUGAAUUGGAUUAAAUAUUUCUGAAUUCUGUAAUCAAUUUUUUAUACCGAAUGAGACAUUUCACUUUUCUGAUUUUUUUUUAGCAUCAAAUUUAAUUAAAAUCAGAGUCAACGUUUCCAUUUUGCAUCAGGCUCACAAUUUGCAGCUAUCUGAAUGAUCAAUGUGAUUCUUGAUAUUAACUCAUUUAUUAUUAUUACUGUUACUAUUAUUUAUAAUGUUGUUUUUCCCCUCGGUUUUCAAAAUACCCUGUGCGAUCGCUGCAGGAUGUUCUCUGCAGGGUUGUCAAUCACUCCGUCGCUGUUAUUUGUAACUCGUUUGCCUGGUAUCACAAUCCUCAUAUUUGUAUGAAAGUGUACAAAUUUGUUACGCAAUUACGUUGAUAAGUUGAGUUUUUACGAGCGUAGGUAUAGUUACUGCAUGGUAUGAAUAAAAAAAAUUUUCUCUAGUUCUUUUGUCGUAUCAGUUGAGAAACAUCUUUCAACUGGUAAAGGUACCAUAACGGAGUAGCAAAAAUAAAACACAUAAGCCUAUUUAAGAUUUACGCUUCUUUCGUGUUAAGAUAUACAUAUAAUUCUAAGUUUUUAUAUUUUUUAUUUUUCACCUUCUUUUUGUUUUGAUUCCGGACUGGUGAAAAAAGAAUUUGAUUGUCACAUAAAUAUCAGUUUAUAUUCUAUGAAUAAUUAUCAACCGCGUAUUAUUUGUGUGUUGAAAACAUAGAUUGGUAACAAGCCCUUGAAAUGUAAAUGGAAUAAAGGGCUGCUCUUAUAUAACGUUGUGUAUUUAAUAUUAAUAUGCUAAUUAGUAAUGGAGAAAGAAGAAAGAGUCAGAGAGAAAAAAAUUGCGUAAAUUAAGAGGGGGAACCAGAGCUCUGAAUCGAAUCACGUAAUGUUUACAAAAUAAGGAUAAAUUGUAAUAUUGUAUUAGAUAUAGUUAUAGAAUCAGAAAUAAUGAGUUUAAUAAUCACGUUUCGUUAUAUUGAACGUAUAUUGUGUUGCCAAUUUUGGUCGAUAAUAAUUAUUAUUAGGAAUAAAGACAACUAUGUAUUUUUUUGCAUAACGAGAAUCAAAAUACAGAGAAAAAAACAAACAAACACACACAACACAUACAAAUUUAAACUUAAAUAAAAAAAAAGCAUUAAAUAUUGUUGAAAUUAUUGUUGUAUGAUAUUCACAAUAAAUAGUUAAUUCAGCGAUCAUUGCAAGAAAUAGUGUUUGUAUAUACGUAGCAUUGAUGUGCAAUGGAUUAUGUAUUUUUUU